AUGAAAUGGGCUAUUAGUUAUAAUAAAAAUAAAGAAUAAUUAUCACAUAUAUUUUAAGCAACAAUUCCUUUGAUAAAAAUUACUUUUGAUCCUUCUAUUGAUUUUUUAGAUUUUGGAGGUAAUCCUCUUUAUUAUGUAAUUAAUCAUAAAAAUAUUGAAAAAUAAAAUCUUAAAUUUGGUGAAUUAUGUAUAUAUAGCAUAAAAUAUCUAAAUUUAUUUAACUUUUAAAUUAUAAUAACCAUAUCCUAUGUAUGGAUAUAAGGAUAUCAUAUAAAUGUCUCAAAAAUUUAAGAUAUUUUAUAGAUCUUCGAAGAACUUUAUUUAGAACUCAAAGCAAACAUAAAUUAAAUAGACGUGAGUCUAAAUUAAAAAUUAGAUUAAAAAGAAUUCUUAUAUUAUAUUAAACAAAUAUUGAGAAUCUGA